AUGCCUUUCUGCAGUGGAGUUUGCGGAAGACGUCCUUUGGCCCCCAGCCAUGGCGGGUCAAUACGAGUUAUUGGAGGCACAAAUGCUCUGCCGGGAACGUGGCCUUGGAUGGUCAGCAUCCAGAUCCCAACACGCAAUGGAUACAGGCAUGUGUGCGGAGGUUCCCUCAUCAGCCCUCGCUGGGUUCUCACUGCAGCCCACUGCUUCUUGCAAAAAAAGUUCCUGGAACACUGGAAGCUGGUCAUUGGUGCUACACAGCUCUCUCAGCCUGGGCCUGAUGUGCUGGAGCGCACCAUCAAGAAUCUGGUGGAGCACGAGCAGUACCAGCAGCGGAGGAGCCUCAAUGACGUGGCCUUGAUGGAACUCAAUGAACCUGUCAACUGCACUGACUACACCCAGCCUGCCUGCCUGCCGGACAGUGAUGUGGACAUUUCAACACUGACCCACUGCUAUGUCAGUGGCUGGGGUGUCACCGAUGUGACAAGGCCAUCACAGACAGCAGACGUCAUGCAGGAGGCCAAAGUAAACCUCAUUCCCCUCGACGUCUGCAACAGCAGUGACUGGUACAAUACACAGAUCCAUUACAACAAUCUGUGCGCUGGAUAUGAGGAAGGAGGAAUUGACAGCUGCCAGGGCGACAGUGGCGGCCCCCUCAUGUGCAGGGAAGCACGGUCAGAGCGCUUCUGGGUUGUUGGAGUCACCAGCUGGGGGGCCGGCUGCGCCAAGGCACGAAGACCAGGUGUCUACUCCGCCACACACCUUUUCCUGGACUGGAUCAAAGGGAGGACCAGGGAGCCAUAUUUGAAUUCUCUUCCAGCAGUGAACAUCCGCCUGAAAGCUGCAGCAACGGGUGCAGGGAAAAGUCUCAGGCGCCCCACUGGGACCAGGGGUGACGGGGACCGAGCCCAGGUAGCCCUCUGCCUUACUGAGGGUCUGUGGGGGAGACAGCUAGAGGGACAGCAGAGGAAGGCUCGGGGCAAAAGCUCGUUUUACUCCAAGGUGGUGGCGGCGGCAGCAAAGAAGCAACACUUUCCCACCUCCGUUGCCUUUGCACAGUGUAGGCCGGUGGAGCUUUUCUGGGUGGGCCGAGGCCGGUUGAGGUCUGGCCUGCAGGAGGAGGAGGACUGCUCGGUGGCCCCCUGUGACCGUUUUGCUCAGCAUUUUGUAGAUAAAGUCACUGGCAGCCUUUCCGACUUGGACUCUGCUUUAACAGCGACAGGGGUCAGAGGGUGCCAGGAUGCUGUCUUGUCCCGGUGUUUGGGAUACUUUUCGGUGUAUUCAGUCUGA